CGCGUGUGGCCGGCGAUGCUGGGGGGCAGCGCCGGGACCCGCGAGGGCGAGGCCGAGGGCGACGGGGCGGGGGCGGGGGCCCCGCCGCCCGCCAUCGACUUCCCGGCUGAGGUGUCGGAGCCCAAGUACGACGAGUCGGAUGUCCCGGCAGAGCUGCAGGUGCUGAAGGAGCCGCUGCAGCAGCCAGCCUUCCCCUUCGCCGUCGCCAACCAGCUGCUGCUCGUCUCCCUGCUGGAGCACCUGAGUCAUGUGCACGAGCCAAACCCGCUUCGCUCCAGACAGGUGUUUAAAUUGCUCUGUCAGACCUUCAUCAAAAUGGGGCUGCUGUCUUCGUUCACCUGCAGCGACGAGUUUAGCUCGUUGAGGCUGCAUCACAACAGAGCUAUCACGCAUCUGAUGAGGUCCGCCAGAGAGAGAGUUCGGCAGGAUCCCUGUGCUGAUAAUUCUCAUAUCCAGAAAAUCAGAUCACGAGAAGUUGCCUUGGAAGCGCAAACCUCACGAUACUUGAAUGAGUUUGAAGAGCUCUCCAUCCUGGGGAAAGGUGGCUAUGGCCGAGUGUACAAGGUCAGGAAUAAAUUAGAUGGCCAGUAUUAUGCAAUUAAAAAAAUCCUGAUUAAAGGUGCAACUAAAACAGAUUGCAUGAAGGUAUUACGAGAAGUGAAAGUGCUGGCGGGCCUCCAGCACCCUAAUAUCGUAGGCUAUCACACCGCGUGGAUAGAACAUGUCCACGUUCACGUUCAAGCAGACAGAGUUCCGAUUCAGUUGCCUUCUCUGGAAGUGCUCUCUGACCAGGAAGAGGACAGAGAUCAAUAUGGUGUUAAAAAUGAUGCAAGCAGCAGCUCAUCCAUUAUUUUCGCUGAGUUCUCCCCAGAAAAAGAAAAAUCCUCUGAUGAAUGUGCCAUUGAGAGUCAGAAUAACAAACUGGUGAACUACACCACUAACGUAGUGGUGAGGGGCACCGGUGAGUUUGAAUCGUCCACGGGGCGCCAAGAGAACGGCUCGAUUGUGGAGCGUCAGCUGCUGUUCGGGCGUAACUCAGACGUAGAAGAGGAUUUCACGUCCGCGGAGGAAUCUUCUGAGGAAGACUUAAGCGCGUUGCGGCACACAGAGGUGCAGUACCACCUGAUGCUGCACAUCCAGAUGCAGCUGUGCGAGCUGUCCCUGUGGGACUGGAUUGCCGAGAGGAACAGGCGGAGCCGAGAGUGUGUGGACGAGUCUGCCUGUCCUUAUGUUAUGGUCAGUGUUGCAACAAAAAUUUUUCAAGAACUGGUGGAAGGUGUGUUUUACAUACAUAACAUGGGCAUCGUGCACAGAGACCUGAAGCCUAGAAAUAUUUUUCUUCAUGGUCCUGAUCAACAAGUGAAAAUAGGAGACUUUGGUCUGGCCUGCGCCGACAUCAUCCAGAAUGCGGCCCGGACCGGCAGAAACGGGGAGAGAGCACCCACACACACCUCCCGAGUGGGCACCUGUCUGUACGCCUCGCCAGAGCAGUUGGAAGGAUCGGAGUAUGAUGCCAAGUCAGAUAUGUACAGCGUCGGCGUGAUCCUGCUGGAGCUCUUCCAGCCCUUUGGGACAGAGAUGGAGCGGGCAGAGGUCCUGACAGGUGUGCGAGCUGGCCGGAUACCCGACUCCCUCAGUAAAAGGUGUCCGGUGCAGGCCAAGUACGUCCAGCUGCUGACCAGGAGGAACGCGUCCCAGCGGCCGUCCGCCCUUCAGCUGCUGCAGAGCGAGCUCUUCCAGAACUCCGCGCAUGUUAACCUCACCCUACAGAUGAAGAUAGUAGAGCAGGAAAGAGAAAUCGAAGAACUCAAGAAGCAGCUGAGCCUCCUCUCCCAGGCCCGAGGGGUGAGGAGUGACAGGCGAGACGGAGACCUCCCUGCCUAGCCGUCACUUGGCCACGUCACAUGGGAACGUGGACUUGCACUUUCAACACUUAACUGGAAUGGACAAUUUCAACACUCAACUGGAAUGGACAAUUUCAACACUCAACUGGAAUGGACAAUUUCAAGCCUCCUUAGGUUCAGGCGGCACAAUCCUCACAGCGUGACUCUCCCCUCACGCUGCUCUUCCCGGAGGUACCGCUUGGUGACCUUAGGACUGCUCCAAAGCAAACCUUUUAUGCUUUUCCCGUUCCUAUUCCACAAGUCCUAUUUCUGAGCUUCCUACCUAAGUAUUAACUAAAUCUUAGGUAUCAGUCUCCAUUCUUUCUCCUUUGAAUCCUGGCCCCUGGCCACCUCGUUCCUUUAGAAGCACUGCCCGGCCACCGCCCAAGGCCAGGCCUGCACCCUGGCGCAACAGCUGCCAGUCUUAGUCCUUUGCUGCUGCUGUGUUGCCAGAGACACCUGCUCCGCUCACUCCCUCCAGGGUGGAAGCUCAGCCUGUGAGCAGCGCCUCUGCUCUCCCCGGCUCCAGCCCAGCCCAGCCCAGCGCCACGCGGGCAGGCUUCGCACGCUCACCCCAGGUGGCCUCGGCACAGCUGCGACAGCAUCUCCCCCGCACCCUCUGCCUUCUCAGCACUUGGCUCUCCCGCCAGGCUCUCCACUCACUCGUUUGUUUCCCGGAACUGUCUGCCACAUAGUUGGCAGUCUUGAUGGGACUACUGUACGUGAUUCUGCUGAAUUUUAAAUAAAUAAACCCUGCAAAUCA